UUCAAUAACAAUAUCCACGCAUAUAGAAAAAUAGUUGAGAUGUGGCAUGUUGUCAAUUGACAAUUAAUUAACACAUGUUACUAUUCUCUUAUAACAAUAAAAUAAAUAAUUUAAAAAUUUGAAUGAUACGUUAACUAAUUAGUGUACUUAGUAACUAUAAAUAUAUAAGUUUUAGAAUAAUAAUAAUUAUGAAUCAAUUUAUAUUUAUAUUAUUAUUUUACAAUUGUUUGAAUGUCAAUUUUGCAAUCGGACAUAAACAUCACUAUUCUGGAGGAUAUCGUGGAUCAAAUGACAGAAGAGAAACUGAAUCUUUGGAUUUAUUAGGCUUAAGAAAAAAAUUACUUCAGGAUAAUGAUAAUAAUUUGGGUAAAAUUUAUAAUGACAGGACAGAGGAUACUGAGACAGAUCCUAGAUCUUCGCAGACGUAUGAUUUGGAACAUUGGACAGGAAAAUGGAUGCCCGAAAAUGAUCCCGAACCAACUCCAGUUCCUGAAAUUAAUUCUGAUAAUAAUGUGAACAUGGGACAUUCUUUGCCAAUGGGAAAAAUCGCUCAAUGUGACGAUGGAAAAAAUUACUUAGAAGUUGAUUGGGAUAAUUCACCAAUAAAUCAUACAUGUUUCGGCAGGAAAAUAAUACCGAGUAAUAAAAUAUAUCCUGAUUUUUAUUGCGAGCAUAUACCCAAGUACUAUAGCGCUCGUCAUGCUUGUAUGAAUGAAAAAAUUGAAUAUUAUGAUGAAGUUCCUAUGUACGGAACACAUCGCCCAGUAUGGCCAGUUUACGGCGAAUAUAAAUUUGUACCAAAGCAACGAUGGAUUCACAGUCUUGAACAUGGAGCAGUCGUGAUGCUCUAUCACCCAUGUGCCAAUAAAAAUGAAAUAAAUUUAUUAAGAAAAAUAGUUACACAAUGUUUGAGACGUCAUAUAAUAACACCGUAUACUGAAUUAGAUCAAACCCGGCCUCUUGCAUUAGUAACCUGGGGCUGUCGCUUAACAAUGUCGUACGUGAACCCAAGUCUCGUAAAAGAAUUUAUCCGUACAAAAGCCCUACAUGGAGCGGAAGCUAUUUCCAAAGACGGAGACUUUGAUGAAGGAUUGAUUAGAAAAGCUAAAGUUGUAUCAGACGAAGAUGAUUCGAAUCUGUGUCCCUCUGAUUCAAAUUUAACUAUGAUGUAAUUGCUAGAUUAUUGUCAAAAACAUUGUUACUACGGUAA